AUGUCACGUCGGAAGGCGCUUGGCUUUUCUUUCUCCCGGGGUCGGAAGCCUGCCCCACGCUUCAGCUCUCAUGGUGGUCUCCCGUCGGACCCCAGGCAACGUCUGGCUGCGUUGGGCAAGUGCUUCGGCCACCUUCACACAACCAAAUACAAAGAAGUUGGGAUCGUGGACAGCCAGGGGUCAGCCAGGGUAAAACGGCCUCUGUCCGCAUCUUCCUUCUCCCCCUUUCUCCUCUUGUUCCCCCCAGAGGAGCCUUCGCACCUCUUCUCCGAGGUGUUUUUUUGCCAGAAGGCCUCCCCAUUUUACGGCCUGGCUCAGACGCUGGACGACGACCUGCUCUUCUGGUUUGACUUCCCUGCCUCCCGCUGGGGCCCCCGCCUCCCCAGGCUCCAGCCGGCGGUGCAGAACCGGACCACCAAGAGCCAGAUCAUGGCGAGGAAGGAGAUCUGUGAUGUUGUGCUGCCCUUCCUCACUAACUUUUCGGACAAAUACAUCCAGAUACAGAUCCCCGAGGCCAGAGGAAUCCCCCACGUGGAGGUCUUCACCCUUCGGCCCCUCCAGCUGGGCCAGUCCAACGUCCUGGUCUGCUCCGUGAGAAACAUCUUCCCCCCCGUGGCCAGGAUCAGCUGGGCCCUCCAUGACCAGUUGGUGACUGAGGGCGUCUCCUCCACCCAGACCUACCCCAUCCAAGGGCUCGACUUCCAGAUCUUCUCCUACUUGGAGAUGACUCCCCAGGCAGGCGACGUCUACAGCUGCACCGUUGAUGGCCCCGGGAACAAGUUCAACAGCAUGGCCUACUGGGUCCCCACAGACCCCAUCGCCUCGAAGCUCCUGGAGAACGCCCUCUGCGGCUUGGCGGUUGCAGUGGGGGGGCUCUUCAUGCUCCUGGGGACCGUCCUGCUGGCCCUCUCUCUCCGGGUCAGGAGCACAGACUGAACUCGCCCCUCAACCUGAGGAAGCCCCCAGCAAGAAGAUCCCCCUUCCUCCCCCAUCCCUGGACUGGUAGGACCCCUGCCACCAGAUCCCCCUUUCUCCCCCAUCCCUGGACUGGUAGGACCCCUGCCACCUGGAAGCCCAGCUGGGAAGACCCUGGGAUUUUUAGAUUGUUUAUAGGCUUUUUUAAUCCUGCCUUUAUUAUUUUUAUAAAUAACUCAAGGCAGUGGACAUACCUAAUACUCCUUUAUUACCAACAAUGGCCUCUACGUGUGUGUGUGUGUAUAUAGUAUACAGACACACAUGGUGUGUAAAAAGGCACUUAAAAUGAACUAAGAUAUUUAGUUCAUUUUAAGACCUCCACAAGGGAACAGCACCGUCCAACUACUGGCCAAUAACCUGCCUUCCCACAACAUGGAAAGCCCUAUCAGGCAUCACAGCCGCCAAGCUGCAGGACCAGAAGGGCCAGCACAGCUCAGAAGGGCAUUGGGAACAACACCAGAGGCUCCAAACAGCAGCUGCUCAGAGAUAGAGCAGUCACUGCAGACUCAAGAUCUAGACCAGAGCUUUCCACUUUUCAUGUUGGUGACACACUUUUUAGACAUGCAUCAUUUCAUGACACAGUAAUUCAGCAAACCAGAGGUUAAACUAACCCCUUCUAAGAGAUACGGACACAUAUGUAAAUUAGUGAUUAGAAGCCAAUCGGGCCUCCUGUUGUUUGGCCCUUCUUCCUUCUCUUCGAUCUCUCAUGCUGAUUGGCUGCAGUGACAGCAACUCAUAUCCCUGACCAAUCAGCUGCUUUUCUUCUUCCCGCACUAGGUUCUUCUCAAUUUUCCCACCUUCCCCAUUGUUUCCCGCCAAUUGAUCUAAUGGUCCUAAUGGACCUUCUUCAUCUUCCUCUGGCUCAACCUCCAUCCUAACACACGGAAUCAGCUGUUUUGACCCAAGUAUGCAUACUGUGCAUGUGCAAUACCUGUAUGAUCCCUCAAGCAUGCAACACACCUACACACUGCAGCCAACACACUAACGUGCCGCAACACGCAGUUUGGAAAGCUCUGGUCCAGACAGGCCAAUCUGAGCACAGCCUGGAUUGACUGCAGGAGAGCCUGCGACUCAAUGCCACACACACGGAACUGUGAAUGCCUGGCUCUAUACAAAGUCCACAGGACACUCAGGACCUCCCUCAAGAACUCAGUGGGACUGUGGAGGACAACACUGGAAGUCAACUCAAGGCAGCUCCUGCACAAGGGGCCACCAAGUGCGGCAUAUGCCAAGGUGAUGCACUGUCCCCGCUGCUGCUCUGUAUGGGCUUGAACCCCCUCAGCCACAUUAUCACAAGAACUGGAUACGGAUACAAGACAGAAGAAACCUAAGAGACAAAUUACUAGGCUACAAGCACUGUUAGAGAAAUGCCUGUAAAAUGGCUUAAACAGAGGGGUGCCCAAGAUCUUUAAUGCUAAUUCAAUUAUUAAAAAUUUAAACUG